ACCCCUCCUAACCUUGACCACCUCAAGCAAGCUACCCUUUGCUAUAUAAACACUUGCCCGCAAACCCAUCUCCUCAAAACACAGAAACCCCACUUCCUCUGUAUUCUUUCUCUCUUUAAACCCACCAAUCUCUCUGCCAUCCAUACUCUCAAAGAGACCAUCAAAAUGGUUGCGGAGGCGAAGCAGAAUGGCGUGGCCACCAUGGCGGUCAGUAAGGCGCAGCUGAUGUCGGUGAAGCGUAGGGAGCCGACCCUGGUGUCGCCGGUGGAGGCGACGCCAAUAGGGGAGCAGUACUACCUGUCCAACCUGGACCAGAACAUCGCGGUGAUCGUGCAGACCGUGUACUGCUUCAAGUGCCCGUCGGGCCGCGGCAACGAAGGCGCCGCGGACGCGCUGCGGGCCGCGCUGGCUCGCGUGCUCGUGCACUACCACCCGCUCGCCGGCCGCCUCGGCAUCAGCCCGGAGAUGAAGCUCACCGUGGAGUGCACCGGCGAGGGCGUGCCGUUCGUGGAGGCCGAGGCCGCCUGCGACCUGGCCCUCGUCGGCGACCUCUCCACCCCGGACCCGGCCGCGCUGGGCCAGCUCGUGUACUCCGUUCCCGGCGCCAAGAACAUCCUCGAGAUGCCGCCCAUGACGGCGCAGGUGACCAGGUUCAAGUGUGGCGGGUUCAGCCUCGGGUUGGGCAUGAACCACUGCAUGUUCGACGGCCUGGGCGCCAUGGAGUUCGUCAACUCCUGGGCCGAGAUGGCGCGCGGCGCCACGGAGCUCACUGUGCCACCGUUCCUCGAUCGCGCCGUGCUCCGCGCGCGCGAUCCUCCGGUGAUCUCCUUCCCGCACCACGAGUUCGAGGAGAUCGCUGACGUCUCGGAAAUGGCGGCACUCUACGGCGGCCAGGAGCUUGUGUACCGCUCCUUCUGCUUCGACCCGGACAGGCUUGAGCGCGUCCGCGGCCUCGCCCUCGCCGACGGUGAUCUCGAGCGCUGCACCACCUUCGAGGCGCUUUCCGGCCUCGUCUGGCGCGCUCGCACCCGCGCUCUGGGGCUCGCGCCAGAGCAGCAGACGAAGCUGCUGUUUGCCGUGGACGGGCGCCGCCGCUUCGUGCCUCCGCUGCCAAAGGGGUACUUCGGGAACGGCAUCGUGCUGACCAACGCGCUUGCCACGGCGGGAGAUCUGCUGUCGGCGCCGGUGUCCCGCGCGGCCGGGAAGGUGCAGGAGGCCGUGCGGAUGGUGACGGACGAGUAUAUGCGGUCGGCGGUGGACUAUUUCGAGGCCACGCGCGCAAGGCCGUCGCUGGCGUCGACGCUGCUCAUCACCACGUGGUCGCGGCUCGCGUUCAACGGCGCAGACUUCGGCUGGGGCGAGCCGGCCAUGUCCGGGCCAGUCACGCUGCCGGAGAAGGAGGUCAUACUCUUCCUCGCGCACGGCAAGGAGAGGAAGAGCAUCAACGUCCUGCUCGGCCUGCCGGCCUCCGCCAUGGACGCUUUCCAGGAGCUCAUGGACGAGAUAUGAUCGGCACAGAUUGGUUGGCUACGUCAGCGACAGUGCAUAUACAUUGUGUUAUUAUGCGUAUUUUGCGUUGGUUUGUUAGUAUGGUUAUUAGUAUGUAUCUGGUGAUGAGUGUGCGUCAUUUAAUUAUCAACCACAGCAUGGUCUGUAUAAAACUUUAGAAAAUACUCUCUCAAAAUAAGUAUCUCAACUUUAUACUAGCUCUAGUAGAAAAUUGUACUAAGCUUGAGACAGUUAUUUUGGGACGGAGAGUGUAUAAUUUUCUUACGUAUGAGUAUGCUUGCAGUAAAAUC